AUGGCAGACGAAAAACCGGCCGUCGAGGGCUUAUGCAAGCCUACUGAUGUGGAGAAAACCUCCGAUUCGCAUGAAUUCCCCCGCAAAACCAAGCUCGACCUAUUUGAAGAUCCGGACGAGGGCUUGAGUGAGGAAGAGAAGGCCAAAAUCGAUCGGGCCUUACUGUGGAAGCUCGACUUGCGACUGAUUCCUUGGCUCAGUCUGCUUUACCUUAUUUCGUUUUUGGAUAGAACCAACAUUGGUAAUGCCAAACUUGCCGGUCUCCAGGAGGAUCUCGAUAUGUCCGACAACCAGUACAAUGCCUCGCUGACCAUAUUUUUUGUUUCGUAUUCGGUAUUUGAGCCUUUGACCAAUGUUUUGCUCAAGCGAAUGCGACCCAGUGUUUUCAUUCCCAUAAUCAUGGUUCUUUGGGGAAUCUGCAUGACAUGCAUGGGAUUGGUGCAUAACUACGCAGGGCUCAUGGCGGUGCGAUGGUUCUUGGGAUUGACGGAAGCGGGGCUUUUCCCGGGCGUCGGAUACUUUCUAUCGUGCUGGUACAAAAGGUCCGAGUUUGGCGUUCGCAUGGCCAUCUUCUUCUCCGCGGCCGCGCUUGCAGGUUCGUUCGGAGGCCUUCUGGCGGCGGCCAUUGCUCUGAUGGAUGGCAUUGGGGGAAAAGCCGGCUGGUCCUGGAUCUUCAUCCUGGAAGGACUGGCCACAAUAAUUGUAGGCGUGCUCUCGUUCUGGAUGGUCUAUGACUUUCCUGACGAAGCAAAAUUUCUGUCCGAGACGGAUCGCAAGCGAGUUCUGCGCCGACUGGCAGCCGAUCAACAGGCAAGUGCCGAACACGAACAGUUCAAGAUGGCGUAUUUAUGGAGCUCCCUGAAGGACUGGAAAACGUACACAGGGGCCGUUAUCUACAUGGGUGCAGACGCAUGUCUGUACGCCUUUUCUCUGUUCGUUCCCACAAUCAUCAGCGAGCUACUGCUCAGUGUGCCUCCGUAUGCCGCAGCCGCCGUCGUAACGGUUGCCGUCGGAUUCAUCGCCGACCGAACACGUCAACGUGGAAUUUCAAACAUUCUGGUGUCCAUCCUGGGCAUCGUUGGCUUCUGUAUGCUUCUCGGAGCCUCGUCGCCAGGAGCACGCUACGCUGGCACAUUUUUGGGCGCCAUGGGUAUCUAUCCGGCCAUUUCCAAUACCAUCUCCUGGACUAGUAACAAUACCGAAGGAGUCUAUAAACGAGGAGUUACCCUCGGUAUAGUGAUCGGUUGGGGCAACCUGAACGGCAUCGUCUCGUCCAACAUCUAUAGGGGCAAAGACGGGCCCAAAUUCUAUCCAGGGCACGGUACGGUGCUUGGAUAUCUGGUGGUGUUCUUGUUCGGCGGGUCAUUGGUACAGUAUAUUUUGCUUCGACGGGAGAAUGCAAAGAGACGACGCGGGGAUCGCGACCAUUGGGUGCAGGGACUGAGCCAGAACGAAAUCGAACUUCUGGGGGACAAGAGACCGGACUUUAUUUAUACGCUGUAG